AAAUCGAAGGAAGCGUCUCUCUCUCUCCCCCCCCCAUACACACACACACACACCCCGUGGGCUUCCCCAGGUAGAGGAGGAGCGACGCAAGGAGGGUGGACUCUAGAGGGCAGCCGGGCUCAGGGGUUGGUCCAGCCGUUUCUUACCCAGGUGGAGGCGGCGGCGGCUGUAGUUGCGGCUGCCCGGGUGGUACGCAGGGCAGUGCUGAGAAGGGCUCCGAGGCAGGCGGUGAGCUCCAGCCUGGGCUGUCGCGUCUCUCUCGCAGCGCAAGGUGGGACGACUCGGGACCGACGGACGGCUAUGACAGACGCGUUGCUGCCUUCGGGCUGCCGAGCGGCGGACCAGAGGGGAGACUGCUACUUUCGUAAGGGAUGCAACCCUCUUGCAGAGACUGGACGGAGCAAACUGCAAAACCAAAGAGCAGUCCUGAACCAACAGAUACUAAAAGCAGUGAGGAUGAGAGCUGGUGCUGAAAACCUACUACGAGCGACUACCAACAACAAAGUGCGAGAGCAGGUGCUGCUUGAACUCAGUUAUGUAAACUCGGAUCUGCAGAUCCUCAAGGAAGAACUGGAAGGACUCAACAUCUCUGUCGAGGUUUACCAGAACACCGAGGAGGCUUUUAGCAUUCCUCUGAUACCACUUGGCUUGAAAGAGACCAAAGAUGUUGACUUUGCAGUUCCUUUGAAGGACUUUAUUCUGGAACACUACAGUGAAGACGGUUCUGAAUAUGAACAUGAAAUUGCUGAUCUUAUGGAUUUACGUCAAGCCUGCCGUACCCCCAGUAGAGAUGAAUCAGGAGUUGAGAUGUUGAUGAGCUAUUUUGUUCAGCUUGGCUUUGUAGAGAACCGAUUUUUUUCACCUAGCAGACACCUGGGAAUAUUAUUUACCUGGUAUGACUCCUUCACUGGCGUACCGGUCUGCCAGAAAAAUUUGUUACUUGAAAAAGCCAGCAUUCUGUUUAACACCGGAGCUCUCUACACACAGAUUGGCACGAGGUGCAAUCGGCAGACACAGGCUGGGCUUCAGAAGGCCAUUGAUGCUUUCCAGAAAGCCGCAGGAGUUCUAAAUUAUCUAAAAGAGACUUUCACUCACACUCCAAGUUACGACAUGAGCCCGGCCAUGUUGAGUGUGCUGGUCAAGAUGAUGCUUGCUCAGGCUCAGGAAUGCGUCUUUGAACAGAUCUGCCUUCCCGGAAUACGAAAUGAAUUUUUCACCGUUGUGAAAAUGGCCCAGGAGGUGGCAAAGGUUGCAGAAACAUACAUGCUUGUAAACACGGCAAUGAAUCAAGCGCCAGUCAAGGAGAACAUCCCUUACUCAUGGUCAAAACUGGCCCAAAUCAAAUCGGACCAUUUCAGAGCUUUGGCGCAUUAUUUUGUUGCAACUAUUUUGAGUGACCACCAAUUAUGUCAAAACGAUGAUGAAGACCAACAGGAAAAGGCCUUUUCCCAGCUGUAUGACCACAUGCCAGAAGGACUGACACCCAUAACCUUUUUGAGGGACAGAGUUCAGCGCAAACAACUAGGAAAAGCUCACUUGCAGAGAGCCAUCAUUCAUCAUGAAGAAGCCUUGAGGGUUUGUGGCUUGUGCAAAAAGCUCCGGAAUAUAGAUGUGAUCCAGGAAAUCUUGUCAGUUGCCCACAAGAGAUCCCUUCUCAAAUAUUCGCAGCAGGAACAGGAAGAUGACUUCUUGAGUUUGGCGCAGGCUCCCGAUAUCCUGCCUAAGACAGACCAUAAAAUAGAAACGAUUGGUCCUCUGUUCUCCAAGGUCAAAGUCAAAGACUUUUUUGAGAGGCUGGGUCCGUUGACAGUCUUUUCAGCAAAGCAGAGGUGGACUGCCCCUCGCACCGUUCGUUUCCAGUGUGAAUCUGGAAGUCUGGGGUUUACCCUGAAAGGAGGCCCACCAGUGCACAUUUACUGUCUUGAUCCGGUUUGUCCUGCAGCAUUGGCAGGUCUGAGAGAAGGAGAUUGUGUUGUUUCCAUUAAAGACAUGGAUUGCAAAUGGCUGAGAGUGAGUGAGGUCUUGGAAAAGUUCAGAAAUGUGAGUGGGCAGGAGAUUGAGAUCCAGGUUAUCAGCUGCCAAGAUAACACAGCUUCGAUGCAUAACAAAAGUGCAACUUACUCUGUAGGGAUGCAGAAAACGUACUCUCUGAUCUGUUUGGCUAUGGAAGAAGAUAAAAUAGAUAAGGCCAAGAAAGUGACUCCUAAACUGUCAUUCUUGAGUUGGGGAACGAAGAACAGACAAAAAGCAGCCAGCACUCUCUGCCUUCCUUCCGCUGUGCCUGGCAGCUUCCCGGCAAAGAAGAAAAAUGUCUCUCCUUUCACCCUCCUGAGUACGGAUAGCUCAUUGUACUAGGACUUGAAAAGGAGUCUGAUCCUUUCAGCCGGAAAUGUUCCAGGGAUGCGUGUGCCAGAAAUCUGAAAUGUAACUUUUUGCAAAUCCAGAGUGGCCCCAGAGGUACAGCACUGCCAUCUUAAAUCUGGCCCACCCUGCAUAAUUUUUAAGGAUCCUGUACUGCAUCUGUUGGAGAAUUAAAGCAUUGUCCAUUGGGAGAGAUUUGGGAGUCCUUCCACUUGAAAACAAAAUGACAUACGAUGCUGCUGGAUUCCUUAUGAGAUUUCUGUAUGGGUUUCUGUCCCAGUUAUUUGUCCUGUAAAGCUAUAGACAAAGGUGUUUAUAGCAUGUAAUAUGUGCUAUAGCGCUGCAAAGACUUAUGAAGGAUUUUAAAAAUGUGUCUGUGUGUAUAGCAAGGUCAGUUUCAUGUUACGCUAACAGUGAUCAAGUGGGCCAGUCUUGGCCUGUUAGGGGGUCCAGUUUGGCCCACGAGGCCAUUUUCCACAAACCACACCCACCUGUCAAUCAGUUGAUGUUACCCAUCAUUUAAAAUUUAAGCAAAGGUUGAUUAAUUGAAUGUUCUUUCUAGGCUUGCAGAGAUAGGAAAACAAUUGUUGGCCAAGAUGCCACAGAGUUAGGAGUGAUUUGCUUACUGUUUUACAUUGGUAUGGAUAUACCAAACUCCAGUACAGAUGACAAGAGAUCAAUGGGCUAAGACUGAUUUGGGGAGCCUGGGGCCCUCCAAAUAAUCUCUAACCAUAAUCCCUGAUCAUUGGCCAUGCUGGCUGGGACUACUGGAAAUUUGAGUUGAAACAUAUCUGGGGUGCACCAAGUUUCCAGUCCCUUGGUUAAGUUAAUAAACUUGUCAGGAAUAAAACUUUCACUCGCAGGCAGAAUCGAGCUCAAUUUAAACUGCUUUUUUGAAGGGUUGGAUGUUAACAAAGCCUUGACAAAGGGUAACUAAAUACAGCCAUCCACCCCUCACCUACUGAAGAACAUCAUCAGGUCACUCUGGGUGCUCUUUAUGCCUUGUGGCAGCUCCAGGGGAGCAACUUUUUUUGUGUGAUGUCAUCAGCAGUGCUGCAUGUAACUCUUAAAUCCCUUGAGGGGCUAGUUCUGUGGGAAAUACUCACACUACUGACUUUGCCCAUGCCUGGCACCUUUCGGCAGUUCUGUGCCUCAGCUGAUGCCUUCCUUCCCUGGGCCCCCAUUAAAACCACUGCUCCAAUCAGCUUGGGAUAGCUGCCAUUUAAAUUCUCUAUGAUACUCCAAAUGGCAGCUGUCCAGUGUUGAACAGAGUGCAUCAUCCACUACCAGGUAAACCCUCCAGGCCCCUUCUGACAUAGGAGGGGGGCUUGCCAGAGUACACGUUGCCAAAGUCCCCCCUCAAACUCAGAGCUGGUCCUGGUUACAUGCCUUGAAACCAGGGAUGAGGAACCUGUGGCCCUCCAGGUGGUGUUGGACUCAACUCUCAUCAGGCUCUGCCAGUAUAGCCAACAAUCGGAGAUGAUGGGAGUUGGAGUCCAACAACAUCUGGAGGGCUGCAGGUUCCCCAUCUCUGGUUUAAACAUUACAGCAGCACCACAGGAUGGACUCACAGAAAACCAGUUUCCCUGGUGCUGCUAUUAAUGUAUAAAGGACAUUGUGCUUAAAGAGAUGAUCCCAUUAACCUUUCACUAAAAACAGAAGAGCCCUGCUGGAUCAGACCAACAGCCCAUGUAAUCCAGCAUCCUGUUCUCACAUUGGUCAACCAGAUGCUCAUGAGAAGCCCACAGCAGGACAUGAGUGCAAGAGCACUCUCCCCUCCUGCGGCUACUGGCAACUGAUUUUCAGAAGCAUCUGACUUUUGUUGACAGAGCACAGCCAUCAUGGCUAGUAGCCUUAUCCUCCGUGAAACAGGUUUAGUAGUCCUAAUGUUUCAGAAUUAAGCUUCACCCUACUUACAUGAUACAGUGUAGGUUCUUUACCUCUAUGAAGCUGAAUAAUGAUUAUAUAGAUGGGCAUUUGUGUUGGCACUCUACAACUAACAAGGCCACAUUCUGCUCCCCUGCAACUAUGAUAGUAAUGAUAAAGAGGGGAAAUAAAGCAACCACUUUUGGCCCAGAUCAAGCACCUAACACUUGCCAGGUUUCACUUUAAAAAUAUGUAUAGUUCAGUUUAACAGCAAGAAUUGAGAGCUAGUACCCCUCUAGAAAUUGUUGGAGUCCAACUCCCAUCAGCCCCAGCCAGGAAGACUAUUAGAUAGGGAUUGUGGUCCAACAACAUCUAUUCUAGGGGACCAUAGGUUCCCCACCCAAGUUACAGCUUUGAAAAGAGGACAUCACUUGAUCUAUAGUGCCACUAUGUCUGCAGUCAACAAUGCUUCUUAGAGAGAAGUUUAGGAAUUCAUCAGUGACUUAUGAACUCAUCCAACUGGUAAAUUUGAUUUAACCCCCCCCCCAGUUUGUUUUAUUGCUGCUAUACUUUCUGUUCAUUGUAAAGUUGUGGGUUGCUAACACAGUAGUGUUAGGAUGAAAUAUUGUCUACAGAGUAGAUCUCAAUGUUUGGUCAAAACAUUUUAAGUGGAUGAACUCCUAACUCCACCUGAACUUGUGCUUUGGGCUGCAGCGGAGUUGGGAUGGAACAUUUUAGAAAAUGUUGAAAGUUUUUGGAAGAUCGGUACCACCAGCUUUGUAUAACUCAUUUCCUCUUAGGCUUUUGUGUUCAUACAUGGUAGGUUGUAAAUAUAUAAAUUUUGAAAGAUUUUAUUUAAGAAUGACUCCUGCAGUCAACUUCUGGUGAGGAACAACUUGUUUUCCAUUUGAAUAUGAACAGGAUGAUACAGUUUUAACUCUUCUUGACUGUUGACAAAAUGAAGAUUUAAACCAACUUGUUUUAUAAAUACCCUUCUGUGAUAGGAAAAAUCAUAAAUAGCAGCUGCUGUUGUACGGUUUUUGUUGUUGUGCAAUAUCUGAAUUAACACUGUGGAAUCACAAAAUAAAAUGUGU